UUGUUGUUUUAGUUACAUUUUUAUUUUUUUGCAACGAGACAAAUAACAAUAAGGGUAAAAAUGAGAUCGCUUGCCCCGGGAAUCAAACUCAUCACCUCUUUCUCUAGAGACAGCUGGUACCGGUUCUUCAUCCUCAUCCUCACGUUUGUCUUCUAUACCACCUAUCACCUCUCUCGAAAGCCUAUCAGUAUUGUCAAGAGCCAGCUGCACAGAAACUGCUCUUAUGUUAUUCAUCCAGCAGACCUCAACAUCACUGACAAUGACACCUGGUGCGAUUGGGCUCCUUUUGACCAGAACAAUUACCAGUACCUAUUUGGAGUGUUGGACAACUGCUUCCUCGUUGCUUAUGCUAUUGGCAUGUUCUUUAGUGGGAUGUUUGGAGAGCGAUUGCCUUUGCGUUACUACCUGAGCUCAGGGAUGAUUCUCAGUGGCCUUUUCACUGUUCUCUUUGGCCUGGGCUUUUACUGGCAAAUCCACUCUCUGUGGUAUUACUGCUUAGUUCAGGCCUUGAAUGGGCUGGUGCAGACCACAGGCUGGCCGGCGGUGGUAGCAUGUGUUGGGAACUGGUUUGGGAAGGGAAAGCGUGGAUUCAUCAUGGGGAUCUGGAACUCUCAUACCUCAGUAGGAAACAUUCUGGGCUCCCUCAUCGCUGGAGUCUAUGUGUCGUCCUCGUGGGGCCUGUCAUUCAUUGUGCCUGGAAUCAUCAUCGCUUCUGCUGGAGUCAUCUGCUUUUUAUUCUUGGUUGAAAAACCUGAAGAUGUGAACUGUACUCUACCACAACACCAUGAGAGUGUGGAGCAGGAGCCUCUACUGAGGAACUCAUCCAGUAAUGAAGAGAUCUUCAGCACUAACACCUCCACAGCCGUAGAGCCGGCGGAGAAUCACACAGAAGCCAUCAGCUUCUGCGGCGCACUCAGGAUUCCUGGUGUGGUGGAGUUCUCUCUGUGUUUGCUUUUUGCUAAGCUGGUCAGCUACACCUUCCUUUACUGGCUUCCUUUAUACAUCGCUAAUGUCGCUCAUUUUGACCCUAAAGAAGCUGGGGACCUAUCUACGUUGUUUGAUGUUGGAGGAAUUGUGGGUGGCAUCCUGGCUGGACUGAUAUCAGACUACAGUGGAGGCAGAGCCACUACUUGCUGUGCCAUGUUGAUCAUUGCUGCUCCUAUGCUGUUCCUGUACAAUAAAAUUGGGCAGAAUGGCUUGCCGACCACCAUUGGCAUGCUGCUGUGGUGUGGUGCUCUCGUGAAUGGACCCUAUGCCCUCAUCACCACUGCUGUAUCAGCUGACCUAGGGACCCACGAGUGCCUGAGAGGGAACUCUAGAGCACUGUCCACUGUAACCGCUAUUAUUGACGGCACUGGAUCAAUAGGCGCAGCUAUUGGGCCUCUGUUGGCUGGUCUGAUUUCUCCCACCGGUUGGAAUAAUGUAUUCUAUAUGCUCAUUGCUGCUGAUGUGCUGGCCUGUCUGCUAUUGUCCAGGCUGGUGUAUAAGGAGGUCAGAGGAUGGUGCGGAUACACUUCACGGCAGAGAGGGUUCAAAGAGAUCUGAGCCGCCCGUCGAACAAGAGAAUAUCACACCUGUGACGGAAAAUUCCCUGCAGCAAAACGACAAAAAAAGGGACAUGGGUUGAUCCAACACACCAAGCCUUUUUAUGCCCAAGGGUUAUUUUAUAUGAAAAUUGUAACAUGAGACUUUCAUCCUUUUAUACUGAUAAUGAAACGAAGCUCAGCUGCUGCAGUGAAGGAGGAGGAAAGUUACAGACACCCUCGUAUAACACAAGACAAACACAAGACGAUCGUCAUUUUAAUACAGUUACUGAAGCUCAAUACAAAUGUACCUUUUUUCUAGCGUUAAAAUAUGCCAUUAGUGCUUUGUCCUUUUAUCUGCGUGAUCAUUCGUACGUUUCCUGUUCAAGCACAUGUCCUGCUUGUUAUUGUUAUGUAUUUCAGUAGAUAUUGAGGUCGUGUUAAUGUGAAUACACACUUAAUCCCUCUCAACUUCCUUAAAAUACUGAGUAGCUCCAAGCAUCCCAAGAGAGCCUCUGGGUUUUAUCCUCUCAUGGUUCGUAUGUCUGGAAUCACAUCACUGGUAGCUGGUGUUCUGGCUUUAGGGUAUAUAGAUAUUAUCAGCUUCUGUCAAAAUGAGAAUGUGUGUGAAAGGCUAACAGUCUUCUGCAGAAUAAUGCUCU